AUGUGGAGCGGCAUUCAUAUAUUUGCGCUCUUAUCCUCCAUCGGCAUUGCGGCCGCAGAGGAUGGUCUCGAUGGCUGGCUACGGUAUGCAUCCGUUCCCUGCAAUGGACACUGCCAGCGUGCCCUCCCGUCGCACAUUGUGACGCUCAAUUCUACAAAGUCGAGCCCAGUGUAUGUCGCUGGACAGGAACUCCAAGAUGGUCUGCACCAGAUCCUCGGAAAACAUGCCUCCGUCAAGUCCACCGGCUGCUCGGCGGAUUCUUCCAUCAUUGUCGGCACGGUCGAGGCGUAUCGGCAGGCCUGCAAUACCGGCAGCCAGGUACCGGAACUCGACGUCGACGGUUUCUGGCUCAGUGUCAGAGGCAAUUCAGUACAGAUCGUUGGCCAGAGUGAGCGAGGGGCCUUGUACGGUGCAUAUGAGUACCUUUCCAUGCUGGCGCAAGGCAAUUUUUCACAGGUCUCGUAUGCGAGCAGUCCGCACGCGCCCAUCCGCUGGGUCAACCAGUGGGACAACAUGGACGGUAGCAUUGAGCGAGGCUACGGCGGACCUUCGAUAUUUUUCAAGGACGGCGUGAUUCGUCAGGACCUCUCGCGUGUCAAGCAGUAUGCUCGUCUGCUGGCUUCGGUACGCAUCAACGGCAUUGUCGUCAACAAUGUCAAUGCGAAUGCAUCACUUCUCAUGCCGUCGAAUAUGGAUGGAUUGGCUCGCAUCGCCGAUAUCUUCCGUCCCUACGGGAUCCGGGUCGGCAUCUCCCUCAAUUUUGCGUCCCCCUCGACUCUCGGCGGUCUCAGCACCUAUGAUCCCUUUGACUCCUCCGUCAUCGCUUGGUGGGGCAACGUCACGGAUCAGCUCUACGCGCGCAUCCCGGAUAUGGCCGGGUAUCUGGUUAAAGCCAACUCGGAAGGCCAGCCCGGUCCAACCACAUACAAUCGCACCCUCGCCGACGGAGCCAAUAUGUUUGCACGCGCCCUCAGGCCGCAUGGUGGUGUGGCCAUGUUCCGUGCCUUUGUGUACGACCACCAUAUUAGCGAAGACAACUGGUACAACGACCGCGCGAACGCCGCAGUAGACUUUUUCAAGCCAUUGGAUGGCAAAUUUGACGACAAUGUGGUAGUGCAGAUCAAGUAUGGGCCCAUCGACUUCCAGGUGCGCGAGCCUGCCUCGCCCCUGUUUGCCAACCUGUACAAGACCAACACAGCAAUCGAGCUGCAAGUGACGCAGGAGUAUCUCGGACAACAAUCACAUCUUGUCUACUUGCCUCCACUCUGGCAAACGAUCCUGGGGUUUGAUCUUCGUGUCGACCACAAACCCUCCCCAGUGCGAGACAUCAUCUCCGGACAGCGGUUCGACCGACCCUUGGGCGGCUGGGCGGCAGUUGUCAAUGUCGGGACCAACACUACCUGGCUUGGCAGUCAUCUCGCCAUGUCGAAUCUCUACGCUUAUGGUCGGCUGGCCUGGGAGCCGACGCUGGAUUCGGAGCACAUCGUCCAGGACUGGAUCCGCCUCACGUUUGGCUUGGAUCGCCGCGUACGCGAUACCCUCACGCAGAUGUCCAUGGAGUCCUGGCCUGCGUAUGAGAACUACUCUGGCAACCUCGGCAUCCAGACGCUGACAGACAUCCUGUACACACAUUACGGGCCCAACCCGGCCUCCCAAGACGGCAACGGUUGGGGCCAGUGGACUCGCGCGGAUCACCUAUCUAUUGGAAUGGACCGCACCGUUAAGAACGGAACAAAGUUCUCGGGCCAGUACCCCGCCGAAGUUGCAGCGAUGUACGAGAAUAUCGAGACCACGCCCGAUAACCUGAUGCUCUGGUUCCACCAUGUCAACUACACCCAGCGUCUGCACUCCGGUAAAACCGUCAUCCAGCACUUCUACGACGCGCACUACGCCGGCGCCGAGGCGGCCCAGACCUUCGUCUCGCGAUGGGAGUCGCUCAAGAAACGCAUCGACGCGGAGCGCUACCAGCACGUCCUCACCCGCCUCAUCUACCAAGCGGGGCAUUCUAUCGUCUGGCGCGACGCCAUCAACAACUUCUACCAUAAUCUCUCGGGAAUCGCCGACGAGAAGCAGCGAGUGGGACACCACCCCUGGCGUAUCGAAGCAGAAGAUAUGCAGCUCGAUGGCUACCUGCCGUACGCCGUUGGUCCAUUCGAGGCCGCGUCCAACUACACCGCAAUCGUCACUGCAUCGAAUGGCACCACGGGAACAGCGAGCGCUACGCUGGACUUUCAGACAGGCUCGUACGAUUUGGGCAUCAACUACUAUGAUAUGUACGGGGGCAAGUCUCAAUGGACGGUGUAUCUGAAUGAUCGCGUUGUGGGCCAGUGGCAAGGGAACAGCGAGGAUGUGCUGAGCCAUACGCCGUCGAUUUAUCUGGAUGGACACUCGGCUACGCGCAUCACCUUCCGAGACGUGAAGAUCCACAAGGGAGAUCGGCUGAAGAUUGUGGGUCAGCCGGAUGGAGUGGAACCGGCGCCGCUGGACUAUGCGGUGUUGCUGCCCCGAGGAAUUGUAGAUUAG